UUAAUAUGUAUUGAAACACUUACUUAUGGUCUCCUCUUCAGUCUCUCAGUUUUCACCCCAAAAUAAAACAACCCAACUGACUCUUUUCCCUACCCAGCAAGAAGAUCAGUGAAUGAGUGAUGGCUCUCCAAGGAGAUAAUCUUGUUGUUUCUGAAAGGAAGCUUGAGAAGAUGCUCAGCAUGAAGGGAGGUAAAGGAGAGACUAGCUAUGCCAACAACUCUCAGGCUCAGGCAAUUCACGCUCGAUCGAUGCUUCACCUGCUAGAGAAUACACUCGAUAGAGUGCAACUAGAGUCACCGGAGAUUCCAUUUGCAGUGGCGGAUCUCGGGUGUUCAUGCGGCGGCAACACCAUCUACAUCGUUGAUGCCAUCAUCAAACACAUCUCUAAACGUUACGAGGCCAUGGGCUACGAUCCACCGGAGUUCUCCGCCUUCUUUUCCGACCUCCCUUCGAACGACUUCAACACCCUCUUCCAGCUCCUCCCUCCUUUGGCCAACAACGGCGCCACCAUGGAAGAGUGCCUCGCCGCCGAUGGUCAUCGCUCCUACUUCGCCGCCGGAGUUCCGGGAUCUUUCUACAGGCGUCUGUUUCCGGCCAGAUCCAUAGAUGUCUUCUACUCUGCUUUCUCUUUGCACUGGCUCUCUCAGGUGCCGGAGAUCGUGAUGGAUAAGAGAUCAACGGCUUAUAACAAAGGAAGGGUAUUUAUCCACGGUGCAGGUGAGAGUACAGUCAAUGCUUACAAGAAGCAAUUCCAAGCGGACUUAGCAGGAUUCCUAAGGUCGCGUUCACGUGAGAUGAAGAAGGGUGGAUCCAUGUUUCUUGUUUGCUUGGGGAGAACCUCUGUGGACCCCACUGAUCAAGGUGGGGCUGGUGUUCUCUUUGGGACCCACUUUCAGGAUGCUUGGAAUGAUCUCGUCCAAGAGGGUCUGAUAGAAAGCGAGAAACGUGACAGCUUCAAUAUACCGGUUUACGCGCCAAGCCUCCAAGACUUCAAGGAGGUAGUUGAAGCCAACGGCUCGUUUGCCAUUAACAAGCUGGAGGUUUUCAGAGGGGGAAGCCCUUUAGUUGUUAGCCGACCAGAUGAUGAGGCCGAGGUGGGCCGGGCCUUAGCCAAUAGUUGUAGGAGUGUUUGUGGGGUCUUAGUGGAUGCCCACAUAGGUGACCAGCUUAGUGAAGAGCUCUUCAAGCGGCUUGAGCCUAGGGCAACGGCCCAUGCCAUAGAGUUAGUUGAACAGCUACAGUUCUUCCACAUAGUUGCCUCCCUCUCCUUUGCAUAGAAAGGAAGAAAGAGAGGGA